AUGACUUUGAGACAACUAGCUGCAGAUGAGCGUGACAAAUAUCCAGAAGCGUCUCGCGUCACCGAAACAGCAUUUUACAUGGAUGAUCUUUUGUAUGGAGCUGAUGAUAUUGAAGAAGGAAAGAAAUUAAUAACAGACUUGAACUCCCUUAUGAAUUCAGGUGGAUUUAAUUUAAGAAAAUGGGCAUCGAACGACCCAAGGCUGCUAGAAGAUAUUAAAUCAACGCGCAACAAAUCCAAAGACAAUGUUUAUAAUUUCAAAACAGAAAACACAACAAAAACAUUAGGUCUUUGUUGGAACUCCGCUGAAGAUAAAUUCACAUUCCAGUGCAACAUUCCAAGACAAAGCUCACCAAUAACAAAACGCAGCCUCCUUUCUGAAAUAUCAAGACUGUUCGACCCUCUAGGCUGGUUAGCACCGCUAUCGACGAAGCUAAAACUUUUAUUUCAAAAACUGUGGAAGAAUGACCUUAAAUGGGACGAUGAAGUAUCCAGUGAUAUUAGCAAGGAGUGGAUAAAAAUAAAGGCCGAAUUAGAUAUUAUUAAACAGUAUGAAAUACUGAGUUGGUUAAUGUGUAGAAAAAAUGACGUCAUAGAACUGCAUGGCUUCUGUGACGCAUCUAUCGAAGCAUAUGGCUGUGUCGUGUACGUCAAAGUAAAAAAUCAACCGAAAACAACACUUCUCGCCGCUAAAACUAAACUUGUACCACACAAAAAAGCGAUAACAUUACCGAAACUAGAGCUAUGUGGUGCACAUCUAUUAUCGAAGUUGAUGAAGAAAAUAAUAGAAGCUUUUUCUCAACAUAACAUUGAAAUCUAUGGCUGGACAGAUUCAAUGGUGGUCCUAGGCUGGCUGCAAGGCGAACCCAGUCGAUGGAAACCAUUCGUAGCGAACAGAGUACAGAAAACAAUUGACGUCAUGACUAGCACGUGUUGGCGUUACGUGAAGUCCAAUGAAAAUCCUGCCGACGCUGCCAGUAGAGGUUUAUAUGCGCUACAACUAAAGGAAAACUCACUAUGGUGGCAGGGUCCAACAUGGCUUUCAUCAGCUGAAAUAAAACAUAAACAACUAGAAACAUAUACAACGAAAUUAGAAGCAAAGAAACAGUGCAAUGUGGGUCAAAAACAAGAAAAUAAACUUAUUGAUAAUUUACUCUACAAAUACAGUUCAUUCAACAAAGUUACACGAGUCGUAGCGUGGCUAUUAAGGACAUUCGCACCGACGCGCAAGCAAAUGCCGCGAUAUCUCACAUUACAAGAAUUGUCUGCCGCAAAAUUACAAAUAAUACGAUAUAUACAACGAAGCGAAUUUGCAACGGAAAUGGAACAGUUACGCAAUGAACAUAAAGUUGGAGUAAAAAGCAAGUUAUUUAAUUUAAAUCCGACCAUAGAUACUUGUGGAGUGUUACGUGCUGGUGGACGGUUAGAGAACGCUAAUCUUAGCAUGGAGAUGAAACAUUCGAAAAUUAUCCCACGAGACAGUCGCCUAGCUGAACUUUUAAUAAAAGAAGCACACGAACUUACGUUUCACGGAGGUGCCCGCCUGACGAUGGCUAACCUAAGACAGCAGUACUGGAUCCCUGGAGGAAACAAUCAAGUGAAAAAACAACUGCGCAACUGUGUAACAUGUAGGAAGAACAAUCCGACGAAGCAACAUCAACUAAUGGGAGACUUACCACCAGCGCGCGUUGAACCUGCUCUCCCUUUUUACCAUACCGGGGUUGAUUACACUGGAUUUAUAGAUAUUAAAGCUAACAAGAUGAGAAACUCAAGAACAAUAAAGGGUUACGUCGCUCUAUUUAUUUGUAUGGUAACCAAGGCCAUACAUUUAGAAUUGGUGACUGACUUAACAUCUUCGGCGUUCCUGGCUGCCUUGAAAAGAAUGGCAGCCAGACGUGGAGCUCCGCGUCACCUAUACAGUGACUGCGGAACUAAUUUCGUUGGAACAUACCGAGUUCUACAAGAAGAAUACGAGAAACUGCGGGAAACAUUUGAUGAACACUUUUUAGGAAUUUUGGCCGGCAUGAACAUAGAAUGGCAUUUUAACGCUCCUUCCUGGCCUAGCGCGGGGGGCCUCUGGGAGAGAGCCGUGCGGAGCCUAAAGUUCCAUUUAAGAAGAGUAGUAGGUGAACAACGUUUAACAUUUGUAGAAUUUUCAACAAUCCUAGCACAGUUAGAAGCGUGUUUGAAUUCAAGGCCACUCUGUGCGCUAACCGAAGAUAUUGAAGAUUUAAAAUUUUUAACACCAGCACACUUCUUAACAGGACGAGCAGAAGUAACAGUUAUAGAAACAGUGGAAGAUGCAAGAACGAGAUGUAGUAUGGAGGAACACAACAAAUGUAACAUGAUCACACCACAGCUGCGUCACGAGUAUAUUGAACUACAAUACUACAAUCAGCUGUUACUUACGCAGCACUUUAGUGGUCACUCGAGACAGAGACGCGGGCUUAUCAAUGGAGUAGGCUAUAUCGCUAAUAGCCUGUUCGGCGUACUAGACGAUCGUUUCGCAGAACA